GCGAUGGGGCGAUAUCGCGUUGUGCAACGGUUCGAUUCAGUCGCCGGCGUGAGACGCUAUAUGCCUUAAGCGUGUGAGCGUCCUCUCUCGAGGAUCAGGCCGUAUGAAAUCGUCCUCUCGUCUUAGAAUCGAGCGCACCGAGCGAGCGGACGAGACCGUUGGUGGUAAAAAACCUGGUAGGGCCGCGUGGUGGGGGUGCGUGGCCGUGUAACAGAGGAAACAGACGGAACAGGUGUGAGAGAGCAGCCGGUAGGAGAAGGAACGAGUGGCAGGAGGAGCAGGAGGAGUUGGCAAAAUGUCGAAGAGAAUCGACAUCGAGAAACCGUAUUGGGACCAGAGCACGUACAAGGGUAGGGCGCUUCACUUUCUAGCGGUAACGAAUCCUUUGAAUUUGUUUGCCACCGGGAAACAGCUGGAGUAUGCACGAGACGUGGUCACCAAAUACAGGAAAGGGGAGAGUCUGGCGGAAUUGAAAAUCACUGAGGACGAGUUGUGGAGAUGCAAAUACUUGUACGACAGCGCGUUCCAUCCCGACACGGGAGAGAAAAUGUUCCUGAUAGGUCGGAUGAGCGCUCAAGUACCCAUGAACAUGAUGAUCACAGGAUGUAUGUUAACGUUCUACAAAACAACAACGCAUGUCGUGUUCUGGCAAUGGAUGAAUCAAUCGUUCAACGCUAUCGUCAAUUAUACGAACCGUAGUGGAUCGAGUCCGAUUCCCACACACAUGAUCUUGCAAAGUUACGGUAUUGCAACUGGAGGAGCUGUAAUAACAGCCCUCAGCCUGAAUCGACUAUUCCGGAAUGCACCACCUCUGGUGUGUCGAUUGGUUCCAUUCGCAGCAGUGGCCGCUGCCAACUGCGUAAAUAUUCCUUUCAUGAGGAUGUCAGAGCUUCAAAAUGGUAUUGAAUUACAAACAGAGAAAGGAAUAAAGAUUGGAAACAGUAAACGUGCCGCUAAAAGGGCGAUUGCCGCUGUUACUCUGUCCCGUGUCCUUAUGGCCGUACCGAGCAUGACAUUGGCGCCCUUCAUAAUGAAUGCAAUCGAACGACGAAAAUUGUUACGAUGUGCGAAAUGGGCUGUCGUACCUAUACAAGUUUUAAUUUGCGGAAUUUGCUUAACAUUCGCCACUCCUCUUUGUUGUGCGCUAUUCGAGCAACGAGUAGCCAUUUCGGUAGACGAUCUGGAACCAGAUGUACGGGAACAAAUACUCUCCAAGUAUCCUAAUCUUCAAACAGUGUAUUACAAUAAAGGUCUUUGAACAAAAUAUCGAAAUACUGCCAAAGAAAGCGUGCGCGAUUGAAAAGAUACAUCGCAAGAAGAAGCGAAUUAUAAUUAUCGUAAUAUUUCUAUAGAAACAGAAUCGUUAAAGAUUCAAUAACGAUUCUAUCAGAAUCGAGACACAGAUGUAAACAUAUCCAGUGUUAUUCUCUGGUAUAUAUUACAAUUACGUGUUGCAACUAUGAAAAAAAACUAGCAAGGUGAAAUAACGAAGACAAUAAAAC